AUGUCACAGAAGGAACGGGAUGCACGUUCUGAGCUGCGCGAAUUUCGUUCCGAUAUGAAACAAAUGAAAGAGGAACUUGAAUUCAUGGAAAAGCAAUUUGAAACAAUGAAACAACAGUUAAUGGAAGGGCGCACCGAGAGAGAAAGCUUAAGGAAGGAAAAUGACAGGCUGAAGGCUAAAUGCAGUGAAAAUGAGUCAAUCAUUGUAGAGCUGCAGAAGCGAGUUGUUCCGGGGGAGCAGUACUCUCGCAGGUCGAAUGUGGAAAUAAAAGGGCUCGUUGAGAAGAAGAAUGAAAACAUCAUUGAUCUUGUAGGCCAGAUUGGUGGUGUCGUUGGCGGACCCAUUUCUGCUGAUGAUAUAGAAGUUUGCCACCGAGUACCAACUCGUGAGCAGGGCAAAACGAACGUUAUUGUUCAGUUCAAAAGCAAGCAGAAGCGGGACCACGUGGUCGAGAAAGCCCGCAAGAGCCGCAUUCGGAAUCGUGACGUAGGAAUCUCCAGCGAAGCCCAAAUCUUCGUGAAUGAGCAUUUCUGUCCGACACUGAAGCGGCUGCUUGCACAGGCAAUUGCAAGAAAACGGGAGAAUCAGUGGCAGUUUGUGUGGACUAAGAAUGGGAAGAUUUUCGCGCGCAAGACACAGUCCAGUCAGGUGGUGCGCAUUGAAACAGAUUCUGACCUCGUCAAGAUUGCGUAG